UGCAGGUUCUCAAUCAAAUCACAGACUCCGAGCUCGACAGACAACCCAUCCAAAAGGGUCUUAGCUAACUACGUUACUACAAUCAAAAAUGGCCAGCAUUCUGCCUCGCGCUCUUCCCCGCCUCGUCUCUUCCCUACACGCCACGCCCAUUCUCAGGCGCCCACGCUCUCACAAGGCCCUUGCCAAGACCAUCACCAGUUUCCAUGGGCUGCAGGGCCUCGCACAGCCAUGGCGGGUACCAACGGAAGAGUCUCCUGAGCUGGUGGAGAGCGGGGAACUGGCGCUGCACUUGGAGGCCCUCCAGCGAUGGCACGACGAGGCCGACCUCUUACGGGAAGCGAGGGUCCUUCCUCCAGGCGUUGACGACCAGAUCAACCUCGAGGCAGAGACUCGAGACCAAGUCAAGGACCUCAUGGAGACUUUGAUUGAGGAGGAAAUCCUGGACGUCCGUCGGGGUUGGAUCCUCGCCUCCAACUUUUAAUGCUUUCCAUAUUUCCAUUCCGACGCCAAUGUUCAAUGUUACUGAACUUCCUUCGGCCUUAAAUGUUCGCUCCUAAGAAGGAAGCUGAAGCAGGCCGCACUGAGGGUUCUCCCGCGAAGCCACAAGCAAUGAGCAAAUCCAAGUGCCUUCCGCCUCGACGACGAAGGGGCUGUGACACUGGACGAGGGAUUCACUUCCUGGUCUCACCUCUCUUGCAUGUCUCGCCUGUAACUCGAAUGCAUAGUUUAAGAUACAGUGACUGUAAUUCUUCUGAGUUACUGAUGAAAUGUUGAUUGCUUUUGACAUUUUAUGUAAAGUUUGACUGAAACCCACUUUAAAAGAUAAGAGGAUUGUUAAUACAGAAUCUGUUUUUAUACUUAUAUGA